ACGUUCUAAUCCUCUGGAGCUCUUUCCCUGUGCCUCUCUGUCUGCUGAGGUCUCCCUUUACCUGUCGUUGCUUCUGUGUGAGGACACUUAGAGGAGGAGAAGAGCGAUGCUAUCCCUUGACCAGCUCAUAUUGGAUCAUCCUAUGUACUCCAAAGAUGGAGAAAAAAAUGAGGUGUGCAUACCUGGCAUUGCCUCAAAUGGUCUUCCAUGGGGAAGAGGUCCAUCCACAGAGAUAACGCAAGGAAUGAAGAAUGGGGUUGAUGAAUGGCAGCACCACCCAAAUAUCACUGAGAGCUACGAGGACCUGCAGAAAAUUCUGAUUAAUGCAGGACUUCCUGAGACAGAAGACAGGAGCAAUGAACCCCGCACAGGUCAUACCAUGGAUACCACCACAAUUUGUGUCCUUGGGGCUCCCAGCCUUUCCAUAUCCAUCCUUCUGGAGGGUGCUAGACAGUGUCCUGGAAAAAUACUACUCUGCCUCUCCUCUUCUUGGCUGUGCCCACGGCCACCUAACCCAGCAUGCUCACCUCCUCUUUUCAUUAGACAGGCGGUGACUUUUGAUCUUGGGGGUCGCACUUUCUUGGACACUUUCUCUCCUCCGCGACGGGUUACCUACCUCUCCUGGUUGGGAGGGCAACAGCUGCUGCUGGAGGAGAAGUGGGAUUGCCCGAUGGGAGGCUCUCCACAGCUUUCCCACCUCCUUGCUGAUACCUUGGGGGUGCGACUCCUGUUAGAUCGUAAAGAAAUUCCUCUUGCACCUGGCCUGCUUCUCACCUCUUACCAGUUGGGCCCUUGGGGGCCUCAUAAUGUGGAGACUACAGCCACAAGAGUUGUAGAGCUGUAUCAAAAAGAAGGACGGGAGGAGCGAGUACGACAGGAGAUUUCUGCAUUUCUGACAUCGCUGAGAAAGAGGGGUCAUCACAAGGUUGUCAUGAAGAUUUUCUGUGUCCAUCCACGAAACUCUCCUGCCACAACCUUUUAUUCAUCUCAUGACCCAGAUCACGUGACAGAUGUGGCCAUUGGGCUAUUUUCUGAACAACCACAUGGUCAAGCAGUGCUGCUUGAGGGGUUUAUAACCACUAUGCCCCCACGCAGAAUCAAGCCACCACAGCUCCCUGCCUGCAUACCAUGCUGCUCCGUGCGCCCCCCAGAGCUGACGAUCCGUCUCUGUGCCGUUGUCUGCCGAUCUCGCGGAGACCAACCAUUCCUAAGCAAGGUGGCAUGUGCAGUGGGCCGGGCAGAGAAGCCUCUCUGCCACCGAUCUGCACUACCCCAGUCCCUGGACACCACACUAGAGUUGUGGGGAGUGACCAAUGAGAAACAGAAAAAAAAUAUUUGGGCUCAACUCAAAGAAACCUCAGAAAAUGUCAUGAGAGCAAUAAUGGAAGAGGAAAAAAAACUAACCUCAAAAGAACGAGGAGGGAGCAAGGCGCAAACUGAUAUACUUGGAGUUGACUUACUGCUUACCUGUGCUGACUACAUGGUGACCCCAGUCGUCCUGGGUGUGACCACUGCUCUCUGUUUGGAGAACUGUGGGAUUCACGAAUGCAUGCUUGGAAGCCUGGCAGCAGGAAAAUCCAUCAAUGUCAAUUCUGCAUCCGAACCUCUUAUUGAGACAAUGCUAAGACGAUCUAUGACAUAUGUCAUGGAGGGUAAAGAAGUUCUUGUGGUCGGAGCUGGUGGCAUCAGUAAGAAAUUCAUCUGGCAGGCAGCCCGAGAUUACGGAAUAAAGGUCCAUAUGGUGGAGUCGAAUCCCGGACACUUUGCUUCCUCUCUUGUGACUUCAUUCAUCCACUAUGACUAUGACGAUCGUUCUUGUGAAGAUGAAGAACAUGCUCAGAAUAUUUUAGCCAUAGUCAGGGGUAGAGGGAUACAGUUUUCUGGCUGUAUGGCAUUCUGGGAUGAGUGCACUAUACUUGCUGCUAUAUUGAGUCGCUUACUAGGGCUUCCCGGCCCACCCCCCAGUGCUGUGAGGCUUGCCAAGCGCAAGACACAAACACAACUGAGUCUCCUCGACAUGACAUCUCCAUCUCCACCAUUUCCAUAUGCUGGAGCAUUUGCCGUGCCUUGCUUUCCAUUAGGUCCUGGAACAGGAGGUGUAGAGGCCGCAGAGUCCAUUCUCUGCUAUCCAUUGGUUAUUAAACCAGAGUCUGGAGCAGGAGCAGUUGGCGUGAGGCUAGUCCAGGAUGCUGAAGAGUGUAGAAGGUUAGUUAAAAAGAUGGGGUUGGAGCCUGAAGCUGGUAAACCAAGGAGUGAGGAACCAGCUGCUCCAGAUGUGGGUGGAAUCUGCUGUAGAGAAAAUGAUUGUAAGCCAAGAAAUGGGAUGAAUUGUGAACCAGUACUGGCUGAGAUAGUAUUAGAGAAUGGAGAAAGUGCUGUUAACUCUGAGGAAACUAUAAGAGGCGGAGGUCAGGCACCACCCCGGUCACUUCUAGCAGAGUACAUUACAGGCACUGAGCAUGAUGUGGAUUUGGUGCUAGGUCCCAGCGGCCGACUUUUAGCAGCAUAUGUGUCAGAUAAUGGACCAACGUUACUCCCCGGGUUUACUGAAACUGCAGCUGCUCUCCCGUCCCGUCUUAGUCCAGAACGACGCUGUCAGUUAGUUCAGGCUGCCAGCCGCAGUUGUAAAGCCCUAGGCCUCUAUCCUGGAGUUUUUAAUGUGGAGCUCAAGCUGAUUGAAUCUGGCCCAAGGUUGCUGGAGAUCAAUCCUCGGAUGGGUGGAUUUUAUCUGCGUGACUGGAUCCGCCAUAUCUAUGGUACUGACCUAGUGCUUGUAGCUUUGGCACUCUCUUGUGGGCUGGAGCCAGCAUUGCCAGAGAAAGGUGCCCAGGAGGGUGCUGUGCUAGUUGGGGUUAUGUGCACAGGAGACUCCCAUGAGGAGGCGCUAAAUAGCACAGCAAAGCCGCAGAGAUUGGCAGAGUUGCAUAAUGCGGGACACAUCAGAUUUAACCGCCUGGAGGGUAGUGCAGUACAUGGUCCAGAUCAGGAACCAUAUGGAAAUGUGGCUUGUCAAGGAGAGAGUCAGAAGGAGGCCAGAGAAAGGCUUCUUGGAGUGUGCUCUGUGCUUGGCCUGGAUUUAAAGGAGUAUCCAGUACAUUAUCUGACCGGAGAAUUCCAGUGAGAGGCAUCAGCAGGGAAAUACUCAGGGGUGUGUGUUGGAGGUUGAGGUGAUUAAGAUGUGAGAGAUGAGUGGGAUCAAAGAAUAAAAAGAACAUAAGGGAAGGUAAAAGGUCAACAAACAAAUCAGAAAGUGUGAACACCUCAACGCCCCCUAACCUCCCUGACACGCAUUAUUGCAAUACACUGAAUGUGCGCCCUAGUGCCCUGACUGAUUGGGGGCGUAGUCAAUUUAAUAAAGGCUAAUUGUAUAGUAUAUGUGUGUGAAGGUCGCUUAACCUAUGCAUGAUUAUUACAUUUAGAGCCUGUCACUGCUAGCCCACUGAAGUUAGUGGACAGUUUUUGUUAGGUAUCUAAACAGAGAUAAUCUCACACAUCUACUACAUGCAUUUGUGUUCAAAAUCAGUAUACGCCAGGUAUUCCUAGCCGAACAAGUGAUGCAUAGUAAGCUCUUGUCAGCUUUGCAGAUGUACUAGUAUGUUUAAAGCUUGGGGCAAUGUGGGUCACUCUAGGACUUUUAUCCCUUAAAUCAAAAUGAAUGAAUGCUAGCAACACCUAAACACUUCACCAGGAGCAAAUGAUACACGCGUGCUUAUAUAUUGCUGAUACUUACCAUUGCAACAGCUUGCAAACACAAAGAUGCAUGGCAUGCUGGGAAAUAUGAGACAUGGACUCAGGGCUGUAUUUACCAUAUACCCAAGGCAUCACAGGUCAUAGGGCAGCAUAGAGAUUGUUUCUUCUUGAUUUUUAUUUAUAUUGUAUUUACCGUUGAAUUUUCUAUGUCACUACACCUGUUUCUUUUAUUACUUUGUACUGGUUACCCUUUGUCCAAGUGGCAAGAUAGGAUGCAGAAUCACUUAUGUAGGGCACAUCCACUCACUGCUAACCUUGAAUACAGCGCAGCAUGCAUAGAAAGUACAUAACCAGCUCUGUCCAUUUUUGUGAUUUCAUUCAAAAAUCUGCUGUAUACUCCUAUCCUGAUUAUAAUCAGUGAUCCCUACUUUUUAAAACCAUGAAAUAAAACAACUUUCAUAAAAAAA